UUUAAAUACUAAACAUGGUUCUCCAAGAUGAAACUUUUCCAACUCUGGUCUAUAAACCAUACGAUAUUGAUAACAAAGAUAUGUGUCUAAAUAGUGAUCGUUUAGCAACAUUCAAAAACUGGACCGGAAAAUGUAAGCAAAAUCCCAAAAAUUUUAGUGAAGCAGGAUUUUACUCUACUGGAUAUGGAGAUCGGCUUUUUUGUUAUUAUUGUGGAAUAAUAAUCCAUAAUUGGCUGCCAAGUGAUGAUCCCUGGAUUGAACACUCUAUUCAUUCAAGUGACUGUCCAUUCCUCUCUUUGCACAAACCUAAAUUGCAGACUAUUUUAUCGAAGGAUUUAGACCAAAGUUAUACUUACCAAAAAUAUAAUAGUCUAUGCAAACAAAUAAAUUCGUCAAAGGAUGAGAAUGGUGAAAAUCAAGAAAAUGCUACUCUUACACUCCUUCAUAGCCUGAUGGAAACAUUUCUGUGUUCGGUGUGUAAACUCGAAAAAGCUAAUUACAUGUUCACUCCAUGUUGUCACAUUUGCUCCUGCUUUCCAUGCUCUACUACCCAAGACCUAUGUCCUAUUUGUAGAUGCCAAAUUAAGGGAAUAACAAAAGUUUUCAAACCUUAAACUGUACAUAUUUUAUUUAUUAUUUAUAUAUUUGUAAUUGUAAUCAUUUUAUUGUUAUGUUUAAACUGUACAAUAAUUCACUAAAUAAAUAAUUGGUACUUGUUAAUUUUAAAUAUUUUACUUGUUGUACGUAGGAAUCAAAAAAUGAUUGUGAGCAAGUGUACUAAUUCCAUCGGGUAAAAUAAAACGUUUCGAAUCAAAACUAUGCAAAGCUACUUUUGUAUAAUUUGCAGUUGUUAGUUUAUGAUUCUUUGAACGAAUCAAAUUCAUUCUGCACAUAUACUUUGUUUGCUCAAACAAAGUCUCCAUAAAAGCUUUAUGAGUUACAUGUUUUCGUACUAAAGAUUGUUUGACUCCUUUCAUAGCAAUCUUAUGGAUAUUCUUGCCUGCAAAGGAAUACAUUUUUGGAGAAA